UAAUGCGCGUUGAUGGGUUGUUGUUCGAUAAGCGCGCUCAGUACGUUUCGUGUUAAUAACCGAGCCAGUAGCUUAGCCAUGUUUCAUAGUUUCGAUACGGUGCGACGGGAAUGGAUUUCCCGCCAGCCUCCGCUGGCCGUGGAUCCCCAAACUAACCUCGGUCAGUUGAUUUUGACGGCACUCGAUCGCGUUCCCAGCGGCGAGGCACUCCAGAUCGAUGCAGAUCACCAGGAUCGGGUGAUGAGUGCAGCGGAGAUGCGACUUCGUGCGAUUCGAGUCGCUCAAAACCUGUCCAGUCUGGGCUUCGGAAAGGGUGACAUGGCCGCUCUGAUUUGCUGUAACAGUGAAAACCUAACUCCGAUCGCGCUCGGUUUGCUGAUAGCCGGAGUGACCUUCGUCGCUCUGCCCGUCAAUUUCCACGCUGAUGAUCUUGGCUAUUUGAUGGGUUUGGUGCAGCCCGAGUUAGUGAUUUGUGACGAAGCCGUCUAUAAAGCGACUCUGGACGGGGCCGCCAGAUCUCUAAACCAGAAACCGGUAAUUUUUGUGGUGGAAAGUGAGCGGGAAUCCGUGAGGAAUGUUGAAGAAUUGUUGCAGGAGACGGGCAACGAAGCUGCGUUUGUUCCACAGUGGCAUGGUGAUGUACGCGAGCAGAUUGCCGUAAUUUUGUGCACCUCGGGAACAACCGGUCAGCCGAAGGGAGUUUGCGUUUCUCAGGCUCACAUCGCUGUGGUGCUGAAUCAACCUAGACGUGGAUCGCCAACCAAAGAUCUCAUCUUCAACUUUAGUCCACUGUACUGGGGGACGGGGCUUUUUUCGCUGCUCAACUCCGUCUCAACCGGAACGACCCGAGCGAUCACUCGCAGUUCCUUUAAUGAAGAUACUUUCUAUGACAUUUUGGAAAGGUUGAAACCAACGCAAUUUUUUACACCCCCAUCGCAUGCGAUUCUACUGCUGAAUCAUCCACGAGCAGAAAGUGCCGAUUUUAGUUCCCUGCGGAGCUGGGGUCUGAGUGGCAGCCAUGCUUCGCCACGGUUGCGACGCCUCUUGGAGGCGAAACUUCCGAAUGGUAAAACAUCCAACAGUUAUGCCUCCUCCGAAACCGGAUUGAUUGCGAUGGAGUUUGGCAAGCGGAAGGAUGGUUCUGUGGGUCAACUGAUGCCACAUUUGAACGCGAAAGUUGUCGAUGAAUGCGGCAUGGCAGUAGGCAUUGGGGAGCACGGUGAGUUGCUGAUUAGUACCAGAAUCCCUUUCAUGGGUUAUUAUAAUGAUGAGAAAGCAACUCGGGAACUUGUCGAUGAGGAAGGUUGGAUUCGAACCGGCGACAUUGGCUACUUCGGCGCUUCAUCCUCGUACGGCCAUCUCAAUUCAGUUGCAGGAAAUGCAAGACCACGGAGGCCUAAUCGCGUGUGCCAUCAACGCUGUCUGUUUAGCUUUGGUAAAUAGUGGCAUCGAAAUGCAGUACCUGGUGGGUGCCGUGCAUAGUGUGCUCGAUGCGGACGGUCGGAUAUGGCUGGAUCCGAGCGAUUUACAAGCCAAGGAUGCACAGGCACGGUUUACGUUUGUGUUUGAUAGUGUGGCGAAGAAAACGGUUU